AUGGAACCCGAAUCGCCUUCGGUGUUAAAGCUGACGCAUGUGUCAGAGAAACAUCCAAGAAGUGUACUCGCUGAGUUCAACGUGAUGCGUCGCCACCGUGAACUGUGCGACAUCGCACUCAGAGUGAACAACCGCAAGAUAUACGCACACCGUAUUGUGCUUUCCGCGUGCAGCCCUUAUUUCCGUGCAAUGUUUGUCGGCAACUUGAUUGAAUCUCGCCAAACCGAAGUGACCAUACGGGACAUAGAGGAACCGGCCAUGGAAUUGUUGGUCGAAUUUUGUUACACUGCGCGUAUCACAAUCGAGGAGUCCAACGUCCAGUCGCUUUUGCCCGCCGCUUGUCUGUUGCAGUUGCCCGAGAUCCAAGACGUUUGCUGCGAGUUUCUAAGAAGACAACUGGACCCCACAAACUGCCUCGGCAUCAAAACGUUCGCCGACACACAUUACUGUUUGGAUUUGUUGCGCGUGGCCGACAAGUACACGUUGCACAAUUUUCAAGAAGUCAUGGAAAACGAAGAGUUCUUCAUGUUGCCCCUCACGCAGUUGAUCGAUUUGCUUGCCAGCGACGAGUUGAACGUGAAAACCGAAGAACAAGUGUUCAACGCGGCCAUGUCUUGGGUGAAGUACGACAUACCCGACAGACGACAUCAUCUCCCCCGGGUCCUCCAACAUGUAAAAUUGCCACUAUUGAGCCCGAAAUUUCUGGUCGGCACGGUCGGAAACGACUUGCUGGUUCGCAGUAAUGAAAUGUGUAGAGAUCUUGUGGACGAAGCCAAAAACUACUUACUUCUGCCCCAAGAACGGCCUCUGAUGCAAGGACCCAGAACUCGACCCCGCAAACCCGUUCAACAGGGUCAAGUGCUGUUCGCCAUCGGUGGUUGGUGCAGUGGAGACGCUAUAGCUUCGGUGGAACGUUACGAUCCACAAACGGAAGAUUGGAAGGUCCAAGCUCAAAUGACCAAGAGACGGUGUGGCGUUGGCGUGGCCGUACUCGACGAUUUGUUGUACGCGGUCGGUGGACAUGACGGCCAAGCGUAUCUGAACAGCAUGGAACGCUACGAUCCACAUACUAACCAAUGGUCUUGUGACGUUGCUCCGACGUCUUCGUGCCGGACCAGCGUUGGCGUGGCCGUUUUGGAAGGUUACAUAUAUGCCGUCGGAGGUCAAGACGGUAUCCAGUGUCUGAAUCACGUCGAGCGUUAUGAUCCCAAAGAGAACAAAUGGACUAAAGUGGCGCCGAUGACCACGCGGAGAUUAGGCCUAGCCGUUACAGUUUUGGGAGAACAUUUGUACGCAAUCGGCGGCUCGGACGGUCUGACCCCUUUGAACUCCGUCGAACGGUACGACCCGAAGCAAAACAAAUGGACCAACGUGGCCUCAAUGUCGACACGGAGAAAACAUUUGGGAUGCGCCGUUUACAAAGACAUGAUAUACGCAGUGGGCGGACGAGACGACGUCAUGGAGCUGAGCAAUGCAGAAAGAUACAAUCCACAAACUGACGAGUGGUCGCCGAUUGUCGCGAUGACGUGUAAACGGAGUGGCGUAGGAUUGGCAACGGUCAACGGACAACUAUUUGCAGUCGGUGGAUUUGACGGAUCGGCCUACUUGAAAACUAUUGAGAUGUAUGAUGAGAAUCAGAAUCAAUGGAAGCUCUGUGGCAAUAUGAACUACAGGAGGCUUGGAGGCGGGGUAGGUGUAAUGAGAUUCUCUCAAACCAACAGCAACUAA